CUCUAUGAUUUUCUUUUUUUCCAUUUGUGUUGGAGGUGAAUCGCAUACAUUUUGGAUUCCUGCCUUUUAUGUUAUUUUUGCUAAAAGGGAGCUGGCAGGACUGCUGAUUUGUUGUCAUUCCCACGUGAUAAAGAUGAUAACGGGUUCGCACGAGCUCACAGCGUAAGAAUAAAACUUGGAUCUAACAGGUGUGGAUCUGAUUUCAUCAAGUGUUUUCGGCUCGCCACACAAGGGUGGGUGCUCGACAUUAAGUGUCAAGUUAAUUACCGAUUGGGCGGGUGGUGGACGUAUGUCAGACAUAUGCGCGCCGUGGGUGGGUGUCGGCGUGUUUGGGGAAAAAAAAGCCAGAGGGGAGUGCAGCGCUUCAGCGUGUGGAUAGGCAGAGAUAGGUGAUGGUUGGAGGAGAUGUAACUGGCGUCGGCCUCAGCUUUCCAAAGCUGUAAGCUUUGGCUGGGAGUGGCGUGGCGCACUCUGCUCCUCCAGACUGAAAACCACCUGUAUGGAUGACCAGACCUCCAGCGUGAUCCUUCCGCCCGCGUCAGCGGGACACAGGGGAAGCAACGAGUCUGACAACCGGGGUUAUGCCGAGGAGGAGAAGGGCGUCAUGACGGUGGAAAACAUGCUGGAGGAGUCCGCCGUGCUCUCAGCGCCUCACCUGUCGGUGGACCGAUAUGAGCGCAGCCGCCAGGGAUGCUGUGAGAGGGUGGUCAUCAACAUUUCUGGUUUACGUUUCGAGACGCAACUGAAAACUUUCAGCCAGUUCCCAGACACGCUGCUGGGGGACCCGAGGAAGAGGAUGCGCUACUUUGACCCACUGAGAAACGAGUACUUUUUCGACAGGAACAGACCAAGCUUUGAUGCCAUCCUCUACUACUAUCAGUCAGGAGGACGAAUACGGAGACCUGUUAACGUUCCCAUUGAUAUUUUCUCAGAGGAGAUCAGGUUUUACCAACUCGGAGAGGAGGCCAUGGAGAAAUUCCGCGAGGAUGAAGGGUUUAUAAAAGAAGAGGAGCGCAUCCUCCCCAAAAAUGAUUUCCAAAAGCAGGUUUGGCUUUUGUUUGAGUACCCUGAAAGCUCUGGGCCAGCAAGAGGGAUAGCCAUCGUUUCAGUGCUUGUUAUUUUAAUUUCAAUUGUUAUUUUCUGCAUGGAGACUCUGCCGGAAUUCCGGGAUGACAGAGACCAAGCCACAGUGGCACCCGCAGUUAAUGGCACUGCUCCCUUCAUGUCAAGUCCAUUCACAGACCCUUUCUUUGUCAUCGAAACGUUGUGCAUCAUAUGGUUUUCUUUCGAGUUGCUGGUCAGGUUUUUUGCCUGUCCAAGCAAAACUACCUUUUCCAAAAACAUAAUGAAUAUCAUUGAUAUCGUCGCCAUAAUCCCCUACUUUAUCACUCUGGGGACAGAGCUGGCCGAGAGGCAAACCAACGGCGGUCAGCAGGCGAUGUCCCUCGCCAUCCUGAGGGUGAUAAGACUGGUCAGGGUCUUUCGUAUUUUUAAGCUCUCCCGACACUCAAAAGGACUUCAGAUUUUGGGACAGACCCUCAAGGCCAGCAUGAGGGAGCUUGGAUUGCUCAUAUUUUUUCUUUUUAUCGGAGUUAUUCUCUUCUCCAGUGCAGUUUACUUUGCAGAAGCAGACGACCCCACUUCAAGUUUCUCCAGUAUCCCAGAUGCGUUUUGGUGGGCAGUUGUCACCAUGACCACAGUUGGUUAUGGAGACAUGCAUCCGGUCACUAUUGGUGGUAAAAUAGUGGGCUCUCUGUGCGCAAUAGCAGGAGUGCUGACCAUUGCCUUACCCGUGCCAGUGAUUGUGUCCAACUUCAACUACUUUUACCACAGAGAGACUGAUGGAGAGGAGUACCCACAGUAUCACACUACAGGUAGCUGUGAGCACCUCCCCUCAGAGGAGUUGAGGAGGUCGUGCAGCUCCUCAUCUCUCAGCAAGUCAGAGUACAUGGUGAUAGAGGAGGGCAUCAACAGUGCGUUCAAACAACCCAACUUCACCACCGAAAACAACCAGAACUGCGUGAACAUCAAAAAGAUCUUCACGGACGUAUGUAAACGCGCCAUUAUCUGAGCUGGCACACCAACGGAUGUCAGCUGCCUUUCAUCUCCCACCUGCAGACCUGUGCACGUGAGCUUUUUGGUACAGUGUAGCUCAACCAGAAAGCAACACUCCAAUCAGUCCAACAAUUCGUUACAGAGUUGCAUUUUCUCUAAUAAUACAUGACUGCUUCCAUCAUAAAUGAGAAGUCUACAAAAGUCCAGUUACAAAAGUUCAAUUAUCCCUUUGCUUCUGUUAAUUUUAGAGCUGAGUUGUAGUUCUUUUCAUGUAGAUUCACUUGUUGAUCAUUUUCUAUAUCAAAUUAAUAAUAAUCUUUAGAAUAACAUAACUAAAAUGUGACACCUUAACAUUUAAAGGUCGAUUUUUUUUUUUUUUUUAGCAAAGGUCUGAAAAAUAUAUACAAUGGUUAGACAAUCUUCUCAUAAAAAUUUCAGAUCUAAUUAUUUUUAUUUGGAGCAUCUGGAGCUCUCUCAGUGUCAUGUAAUUGGCAUCUUUAAUAUGUACUGGGACAUCAAACUAGAGAUCAUCAUUUUCAUCAACUGCGUAUGUUGAUGAAAUGUAUCAUUAAGUACUUCACUUGUUUGUAAUGCCUCUGAACAGUGUGUGGAGUCAUGCUUGAUUUAAAAUUGAUGCGUGGUGUGGAACCAACACAGACGAAAUAGACCUGUAAACAGCUCAGUACUGCCCUCUAGUGGCUCAGUACAAUUAUUGCUGUCAGGCAGGGCUUAAACGUUGAACUUGGAAGUUAAAGUCUUGAGGGGUGAAUAUGUGGUAUAUGGUGCCUUUAUACACAUUUAAAGAUUUGUCAAAUAGUCAGUGUGUUCUUUUGACUAACUUAUGUGUAUUAACGUCCUCUCACAGCAUUUUUAACAACUUUACCCUUACAAAAUCUGAAACGAGUCUAUUUAUGUUUAUGUUUACUGGAGAUUUAUGGAAGUUUGUCAUAAGAAGCCUGCAGAGACUUUGAUCUAUCAGAUAUAGAACUGAUCCCCAAAAAGAAGAAACUUCAUUAAUGGUUUAAAUUUAUGGAGCCUUUUUCUUUGUGAAUGAAAUAAGAUGCAGUAAAUAAUCACUUUAUCAGAUGGCUGACAGCACAUACCUGGAAUUUAGAUGCUGAGCCACUAUUUUGAUAAGAUUAAAUGUUUUUGCUAAAAUUUUUAGAAACAUUAAUAUUCAGUUAUAUAUAUUUAUGACUGAUUACAGGGGUGUUAUUUCCAUUUUUCCACACACUAGCAUAACAUAAUAAAUUUAAAGGUUUAAUCAUCUUCAGUAUAAAGUCAACACUAAGACCUCAAGGCUAUAUUCACAUCAUCUUGUCAACAGACAUUGAAAAUGAUAGGCCUUAUAAAAUUAGACUUUAUGGUAAGAGCAAUAAUUUAUUGUCAUUGAAGAAUUUUAUUGCCUUCAUGCAAUCUGCAAACCCUUUUUGUGGCAAAGUAAGGAAGAACCACUUACAAGUACUUUGUAUGUGCAUCUAUGGAUUUUAUUCAAUCUGUGGAAGACGAAAAUAUACUUUUUGCUGAAGAUGAAAUUUUGAAUCUAGCAAUGAUUAUUGUUAUUUUUACUAUUGUUACACAUGCACCGCUGAGGAAGAUACAGUGUCUUGUCCUAGAACCAGCAAAUGUGACCAUCUGGGAUUUGUUGUGCAGGUCAGGAAACUACUUUAAAAUCCAGCUAGAGGCGUCUAGUGUGACCCAUAAUUCUCAUGUUUCCCAUGAGACAAAGAGAAUUACAGUUUGUGAGCUAGAGCUAGGGAAAAAAAAAAAGAAAAACUUUCUUACACCUAACAGGACUUUUCACAAACACUAAAAAAGACACCAAAGUUACUUGAAAUUGACUUGGCAGUAUGCUAGCCUGUUACAGGACUGUUGCUUUUGAAGCCAUGUCUUGUGUUCCCAGUGCAGCAUUGAAACAAAUAAACAAAAUGAUGAAACAUUAACCAAGAAAAAGCAAAGGGAUGUAUCAACAGCCUUGUGAAAUGCCUUGCAGAAAGGUUGCUAUGAUUAUAUCAUGAAAUUGAUAUAUUUUUGCUUGUAAUGUUUUCUAAAGGGAUCUACAAAAGUAUUGCUUUGUAAUGGUGCUAUCACAGAAUUGACUGAAACCACCCGGGUAUCGUAAAAUUUGAUCCAUGUUUACAACAAGUUCAUUUCUCUUCAAAGCUGUUGUUAGAGAUUUCACAGAAACACAGACACAAAUGUGUAACAAAGGUGAACCUAACAUCUGAGAAGGUACAGAAACCUAUGGAUGACUUAAAGUCACCUUAAACAUACUCUAAAGUAAGGCAGUUUGGUUUAACCAAUAGGCACUUCUUUGCUGAGUUUUCUGUUUUCUCAGUUCUGCAGACAAGAUACCAUGUGUCCUGCAGCUCCAGGUGCAUUGCCUCAGAACUGCUGAGUGGUUUUGUACCUUCUAUCUCCCCCUUCUUUAAUGUAUUUUUAACCAGGAGAAAAUGAAAUGAUGCUUGCGAUUUACCCACCACCGUUAAUCAUCUACAAAGCUUGACGGCUGUGCUUGCAAGAGACAUCUCCAGUACAGCAUAUCUUCUAUUAAUGUUUUGGUUUUGUGAAAGGUAAGAACGACAUUAGAGAUUAACUUAUUAGGAGAUCGGUGUUGUUAUGCUCUAAAUUGAUAAAACACUGGAUUGUUCAUUUCUGCAUUUAGAGCUAAGAAUAUAACAACAUGACAACAAAUAUAUUGGGGGGGGGUUACAUUUAUUGAACUUAAAUUUGUACUUUUUACUUAAAUGAAAUGUGAAAAAAGCCAAAGAUGCCAAAACAAAAACUAAAUAUUUCCAAACACAAAAUCUUGUUCUGUAUCGUUGUAUCUUCUUUUUCUAUUCACUGCAGACCAAGAAUUAAAAUCCCAUUAAUUACUCAGUCUUAAUGUACACUUAUGGCUUUGAUAUAUGUGCCAAGUUGUGUCACUUCUCCUCCGUGGAUGUCCACGUGGUUCUCUGGUUGUGCUGAGCAUGGCGGAGUACUCCACAGCUGUAAGACAGUGAGGCAGUGGUAUGCCUCAGUGCACUCAGUAGUGGGAUCUUGGUCAUUAGAAAAAAGAAGGCACUGGGGAGGGAAAGGUGGAUACACUUGAGCUUACAUGCAUAGUACACAAACACACACAGACAGAAAAUCGCAGUUAGCUCCACAGCUGGUUCUCUCCCACACCGCUGCUGCAGGCAGAUUCAAAGAUGCAAAUCCAGGAUUGUGUUCAGUUCAGGGUGGGGGGUUUGGAGGAGACCCCGGGCAUUCCCUUCUCUCUCAUCUCUUUGCUGCCCUCAUCAUGCCAACAUUCUCCACAUGAGAGGAGUCAUGCCUCACAGCGGCGUGCUACCUCUGAUGAUACCCAGCAUGCCAACAUGGGGAGUGUCUGCCAGGAGAGGUGCCUCAUGUCAUCCUUGAACUUUACAGAAGCACCCAGAUGAGAAAUGGCUGUGUCCGGUACAAUUAGUCACAACACUGGACAUUUUCCUUCCUGCGCUGAUGAUAUUUUUAUGUAGUACGGUAUUUGCCCUAAAACUGUAACUCAGUGUUGCCGAAAAUAGAAACUAUUGCCAUUAUUUCUCUCGGUGCCAUUCAUCCAUCUGCUCUUUUGAGAACACAUAAUGGCACUCUGGGGGCUAUUCAUAAAGUUCACUCUUCUGCAUCAAGACUCAGUGUUCAGAGCUUUCAGUGAGACAAAGCAAAGCCCAGAAAGCAUAUUAGAGAAAGCAUACGUGUAUCCAUUCCCCCACAGGCCACACAGAAAGCUAGGAGUCAAAGUACUGUAGUGUAAUGUAGGGUACUGCACCAUAUGCUGUAAAACAUGUACCAGAUGUGAAAGUGUGAAACAGGAAAGAUGGAAAAUCCAGACUUCACACUUUUCCUAAACACAUUUAUAUUUAACUAAUGCACCUGACUGCAAGGAGAUAAAAUGUGCUUUGUCAUCAUGCUGUAACUUUACCUGAAAUAUCUUGUUGGCACCAAAAAUGCUGUAGUGAUGUCACAGUUCAAAUCCUCCUUCUGCUGCCCCUAGAAAUGGUUUCUGUAGCAACUGUAGGAGGCUGUGCAAAAGGUUCACCCAGCUACAGCGACAAUGCUGACUUGGGACAAUUUCUUCUGGUAUUGUUACUAUUUCUAGGAUUGUCCUUACCUCAACAUAUCUAUGAUGAAUUAGAUCAACAAAGAAUAGUCACGUCUGAGUGAGGUUCAAAGUUUGAAGCACUGUGACCCUGGAAACUGUGCAGCCCUGACUCACCGCUCAGGUGUCCUGUGACUCAGAGUGGCUGCUGCAUCCCUCAGCAGCGUUGUCGACUGCAGACCAGACUCCUGCUUAAGGCAGGGGCACAUGUUUUGGUUCACUUGCAAACAAAAACCAGGGCAUUGCAUCAUCAGUGACAUAGUAGCUGUCACUGUAAAUCCCACACAUCUGAUAAUGGUCACCUGUGCUGCACUUUUUGUCAAGCACUGGAAGUCAGACAUUAAUACACACGUUUUUUUAAUAGCAAAUUAUUUCAUGCACCGUUUCAACUUUUACAAAAAGGGCGCAAAACCUCACUUUAGCAAAAUAUUCAAGGGUGGAUAACAAAGUAAUGACUUUGAUUUACAGAGCCUUCCUGUGCAUGUAAAAGAAAGCUUACAUUUACUGACAUAAAGUUUUAUUUUUACCCUCUUACCCCGAUACACAGAGUAUCUUAUUUCUUCUCUGACCUUGGUGUAAUAUAACCUAGUGCUUCUGCAAGCUCUUACCUUGACUUAAAUUUCACUUUGUCAUACAGAAGCAUUGUAUAAUGCAGCAUCAGAGUAUCCUGCAACAGUGACACUGACUCACUCAUUUAUUGACUCAUAGACCUUCCUUUCAGCAUCAGGGUGGCUUACAGAAUUGAAUGGAGUCAAAAUGUUUUGGUCAGUUUACUGCUGUCAUUUCUGCAGGUGUACUUAUGUAUGCAAAAAGCUGCAUGUACGAACUUUUGUAUGACAGAAACUUAAGUCAUGCAGUAUACAUGCUUUGUUACGUUAAAAACUUCUACAGUUAAUCUACAAGCCUGUAAGCUUUGAGGAAUGAGCUUGUGCAGUGGGCAUAUGUGCAUAUUUCUGAGAUGGUAUCUGGCUAAGAGAGCUGGAGCUUGGCAGUAUACCGCAGUGGGCCAGUGUCCUUGUCUCUCUCCUGUUGUCUGGCUCUUUUCCAGCAUCUGCCCUCUUCCUGCUGGGCCUCAAUCUGACAAGCACGGCUCUCUCCUUCCCUCCCUUUUCUUCUCCUCCCUCUCUUUGCAGAGUCCUCUGUCUUCCCUAUCCUCCCUUUCUCCAUCUCUACCUCAGAUGUACUGUUAGCUCCAGGGGACACUAAGGACAAAGGGGGCUAUAUUGCUUUAUAGCCAUGUACCUUAGCCACUUAUUUACUGUGUCCACAUUCCUGGUCCCAUAUUUGUAUGUGUAACCUGCCUCUUUUGCAGGGCAACUCAGUUCCUGAGCAGCAAUGCUGAAAUGACUCAUCUCCCAGAGGGUCAAAUAAAUUGAGUCUCACUGAAGAUGCACUGGAAAAAUGUCUUUAGCAGCAAACUUGUUGGGCUGCUCUAUAGCCCAAGGAGUGAAAAGAAUCAGUAGAAAAUUCACAAAAUAUAUAGGAUAAGAUUUAGUGCAAGGUUCUUGUUCUAGGAGUCUUGUUGAUGAUUUUGCAUGACAGAAUUUGUUAAUGAGGUAUUACACAGGAGAGUGUUGCAUCAUCAUAUAUGGAAGCAGAAAAUCUGUAUUAAUGCAGCAGAAAAUCCAAGCAUGAAUGCGAUAUGCAGCACUCAUCUUUUCUAUCUUAUCACAUUAUGUUGGUUAUUAUGGAGCUUGUAAUAGGCAGGGCAGGGUUUUGAAGAGAUCCAUGGUGGACCCUAUGUUUAAAACCUUGUUCCUGUGUGUGUCUCUGUGUGUGCUGGAAACCUGUGGCUGCUGCAAUGCAGUAUGAAGGAGUAAGGCGGCAUCACAGACCUCCAGCAUCAAUAAAAAGACCACUGCACUCCAGGGACUGCACCGGCUAAAUGGCACCAACAAUUGCCACACUGUAAGCUCACUUUUGUGUCACCUGGAAACACUAAAUACAGCUAAUCCUCCAUUGAUUUUCCAGUAUUUCCGAAGCUACCUACCUUUCUAAAAACAUUAAAAGGCUACAUUUUUAGAGAAUGGGAUUUGUGCAAUAUAUGGUUUAUUUUUAAAAUAAAGUAUAAAAACGACAGCUCUGAGUUCAGUUAGAAUUCAGAAAUCACAAAUCUCACACCACACUCAUUGUCACCAGUAGUGUCACAAAAUAUGGCCAAUGUCAUCACUGAAAUCUAUCUAUCUAUCUAUCUAUCUAUCUAUCUAUCUAUCUAUCUAUCUAUCUAUCUAUCUAUCUAUCUGUCUAUCUGUCUGUCUGUCUGUCUGUCUGUCUAACAGAAAAAACAGUGAAUAAGACUUAUUGCUCCUCUAAUCCAUCAGUAAGAAUGACCCUUCAGUCUCUCACUUCUCAGGUUUAUUUUCUCUUCUGCAUGUCACUGAGCCAAAACAACAUCUGAUGGAGAUGCUGAAAUCGAUACCUCUUGGAAACAAAUUCAUUCUUGACACCCUCACCUGCCAACUUAUACAACCAGCCAUUUGAACAUCCCCAUAUGAUUAAGGCACACAGAGCAUUUAGACUGUAGACAACCUUCACUUUUUAAUUUAAGAAAAACACCUAAUACUUACUA